GCUUCUGACGAAUCAGCGGCCUCGGCGCCCACGCAACCGGAAGCACAUGUUAGUGCUCGUCCACUGUUGUCAUUUGUGUCAUGUCGCGGGCAAAAACGUUUUCUCUUUGUUUUUGUAAAAUUUAACGACGGGGGAAGAAAGCGAAAAAAUGGCAGCUACGGCGGCGGUCCUCGCCGCCCAGCCGGAACACGAGUCGGACCGCUGCGGGAGCGAGGAGGAGGAGAACCGCGGGGCCGAGGCGCCGUCGGAAGAGGAGGGCGUUCAACAGCACCAACAACAGGCGACGGGUCCCGCGGCAGCCGGAGGCCACAACCGGCUGUCCAAGCUACCGCUCACCCGCAUUAAGGCCUUGAUGAAGACCGACCCGGACGUGUCCCUCGCCAGCCAGGAGUCCGUCUUCAUCAUUGCCAAAGCUACGGAGUUGUUUGUGGAGAUGAUCGCCAAAGACGCCUUGGUGUAUGCGCAGCAAGGCAAGAGAAAAACAUUGCAAAGAAAAGACCUGGACAACGCAAUUGAAGCCAUAGACGAAUUUGCAUUUUUGGAAGGGACGUUAGAUUAAGAUGUGCGACGACUCGAGACCAUCUCUUUUUUUUAUGGACAUGAUACAAAAUAAAUAGAUCUCUGCUACUUUUUUUUUCCCCCACCAUUUGGAUAUUUAUGUCUGAGUUUUCUACGGUGUUUUGGAUGCAAAGAUGUCAUUCUUCACAUUUUAAACGGGUGGCCAUUGCAAGUGUACAUUUAUCUGUAAAUAUUGGUGAAAUGUUGCUCUUCGGUGAAAUAAAAGUAAGUUCCAGACCA